AUGGCAAAUGAAGUGCAAGCCCUGCCCUCCCCGCGGAAAGGGGGGCAUCCUCCCGCAGUCAAAGCUGGAGGGAAACGAAUUUCCAAAAGACAAGAAAUUGGCGUCUUGGAGCGACACACUAAAAAAGCAGGACCUGAGAAAACAAGUGCCAUUGUGAAUGUUGCCAAAAUACAGACGAUGGAUGCCCUGAAUGACACACUGGAGAAGCUUAGCCAUAAAUUUCCAGCAAUAGUGCACGUGGCACAUCAAAAACCCAGACCUGCUCUGGAGAAGGUCACUCCAAUGAGAAGGAUCUACAUUAUUCAGCAGCCUCGGAAAUGUUAA